UCUUCCUCGGCCGUCAUUGACAGAGAUAGGCCAUGUUCAGUACCAGCGCUAAAAUCGUGAAGCCCAAUGGCGAAAAGCCAGACGAAUUCGAGUCUGGCAUUUCCCAGGCUCUUCUGGAGUUGGAGAUGAACUCAGACCUGAAGGCUCAGCUGAGGGAACUCAACAUCACUGCCGCUAAGGAAAUUGAAGUAGGUGGUGGCAGAAAAGCUAUCAUCAUCUUUGUGCCGGUGCCCCAGCUGAAGUCAUUCCAGAAGAUCCAGGUGCGACUUGUAAGAGAGAUGGAGAAAAAAUUCAGUGGCAAACACGUGGUCUUCAUUGCUCAGAGGAGAAUUCUGCCCAAACCAACAAGGAAAAGCCGCAUAAAGAAUAAGCAGAAACGUCCCAGGAGCCGUACAUUGACUGCCGUGCACGAUGCUAUCCUCGAAGACUUGGUCUUCCCCAGUGAAAUUGUUGGCAAGAGGAUCCGUGUAAAACUGGACAGCAGCAGACUCAUCAAGGUCCACCUAGACAAGGCACAACAGAACAAUGUUGAACACAAAGUUGAAACUUUCUCUGGUGUCUACAAGAAACUCACAGGCAAAGAUGUUGUAUUCGAGUUCCCAGAGUUCCAACUGUAAAAUGCAAAAUGACUAAAUAAAUUUGUUUACCAUC